CCAAAACAAAAACCAUCACUGAACUACCCUCUCUCUUCUUGUUCACUCGCCCCCAUGAUUUGAAUUUUUGGUAUUUUUUAACAUUUUUCCUCCUGCUUUAGUGAUGUUUGUUGCACAUCACCGAAAUAAUUUUUGAUUAAAGUUGUGCAAGUAGUAAGUUUGGAGAUGUUACUAGUCUGUCUCUGUACUAUAAACUGAUGGGAGACAACAGCUUCCUUCUGAUAUAAUGUCAAUAUAAGGAUCUGAGUCUCUUUCAUCAGAAUCAUGUUGAGAAGUUGCACCCUGAGUAUAAAAGGUUGCUCAAAGUAUAACACGAACCAUUUGUAGUAGUGCGAGAAAUAGAGUAUAAAGGUACGCACUACAACUGCUCCACACUAUUAAAGGUACGCUCUACAAACAGCAGUAAAGACCACGUGCCAAAGGACUAAAAAUAAUCCAGCACGAACAUCAAAACGGAAAAAUCAUAAAACUUGAAAACUCAUCCUAGAAUAGUAGGGAAGUCAAGAAGACGAGAAUGUAGUCACAGUGUAGUAGUUUCUGUCAAAGAACUCUUAAUCACUGAGCGUAGGAACGACGAGAACUUCUCUGUUCUCGCGGUAGAAUUAUUUAAGAGGUAGUACCGAAAUAGCUUCUACACAAGUAGACUGACAAAUAAAAACCCGGGCGCAUCUUCACAAGACCGCGUUAAUAUGGCGGGUUCUAAGGGCAAGGUGGCGCCGCAGAAAUUCGCUUCUGACGAUGCGCGCGCUGAUAUCCGAUGUGCACAACUCCCCCUACUUUCCCUCAUUUGUCAUGCAAAAGACCCAAGCGACGCUUAGCUUGUUUCCCUCUUGUCACUAUUAUGCAUGACAAGUUCUGGUAGUCCAAAUAGCUCGAGACUCCAGUGGAAAUUUGUCAUGCAAAACCGGCAUUCUUGCUGAUGGUGAUGCUUGUAUUGCCGUUCAUGCUAUACAAAUGAGGGGGACGAGGGGGAGUUGUGCACUGUCAUAGCCGAGUACUACCAAAAAAUUAUGGAAGACAGUGACGAUGAAGUCACUAAGAUUCAGGUAUGGAUAGAUUACUAGGAAAUAGGCUGGGAAAAGAUUAUGCUGUACUAGUAUUGCAUGACAAACACCACAGAUCUGGUCAAAUAAAAAUAAGAGAUAGCCUAGGAUUUCAUCAGCAUGACAAACAUAAUAUGUUUUAUUUGAUCAGCAUGAGAAAUUUUUCCCAAAAACUCAACCCUUACAGGUCGAGGGCGAGGAGCUGUCCGAUGCUCCGGCGUGGCUGCGCGCGGCGCUGGCCAUGAUGGACGCCGAUGACACCGGGGAGCUCGACAAGGCCGAGUAUUCUGAGUAAAAACAUCCCGACCCCAGAGUUCUUGUCAUGCAAAUCUGCAUGCCAAAAAAGUUUCUCAUGCGAAGGGGGGGUCGCCGAAAGUGCUUCCUCGCCCACCCCCCGGGGAGGGGAUCCUUGAUCUGUGGCGCUGGGUGCGGGUGUCCACUACAUGAUGAUGAUGAUGAUGAUGCGAAGCCCCAUGAGAAGCUUUGUCUCGUCGUGUUUUGGGUUUUUUGAUGCUAGAAAUAGCAUGAUAUGUUAGAUUUGUGAUGCUCCUGAACUAGCGAAACAAGAUUUUUACACUACGAGGACAAACUUGUCAUGCGAAACAACCAAAGUUGGCCAAUUUGUCUAGCAAAUUUCCCAUGUUGAUGACUCUGGUACUAUGGGGACGUUUUUACUCAGGAUACCGAGGUGGUUUACUUUAUGAAACGGAUUCGGAAGUUAAUCCAGGCGAAGAAGUCCGACACGGGGGAUAUGACCUGCUCAAACUUUACCAUCUCAAAUCGGUUGCAGUAGAAUCUGGGACGUAUCUUCUUGCAUGAUGAACAUGACAGACCCGCGGAGCGUUCCACUUUCUGCAAUACAACUUUCGCCAGAUGAUUGUAGUGUGGUGUGGGAGGACUCCGGAGCUUGUCAUGCGCAAUCCACCUAUGAGAGUUGGCUAUGACUAUGAGUCAUGCACUUCUUGCAUCACAGAUUUCCAGACUCUAUGGUAACCGAUUCGAGAUUGUAACACCUGAGCAAGUCAUAGGAGAGUUGGACUACCAGGAUUUUCCCGAGUCCGUCAAAGCCGCCUUGGCGGUGUGGGAUGCCGAUGCGUCCGGAUCCGUGUCCGUGGGCGAGCUCAUAUCCACCUGUGCGAAAGUACCGUACACUCGUAGUUAUAGAUUGCAUUUAUGCAUAUACAAAUCUCUUUCUCAAUUGUGAGAUCAGCAUUACAAAUUCGAAUUUGUAAUGCUGGGCCGCUAAUUUGUCAUGCAAUUUAUACUAGAAGUACAAUAUGCUUUUGCAUUGCAUAGCUGACGGCGGCGGCCAACGCGCAAAAACGGAUGCAGGAAGAGAACCGGCAGAUGAAGCGUGCGCUCGUCGUUCUGGUCGGGAUCAUCGUGCUCUUGGCCGUCAUGAACUUCGUCAUGGGCCUGCUCGCGGUGGAGGCCGGAAAGGACACCAAGCCCGCUGAUGCCGCGUCGCACCGCCAGCGUCGGCUGUCGCAGAUGACCGAACUCUACGGCGAGCACCGGAUUCUGUCCCACAUGGCCAACGAGCGUGCCGUCGGUGCCGGUGUGAUGAUCGCCGGCUCCGGCAUGUCCAGCCAGCCCGACGCGGCUGACACCACCGUGAUCGGAACCGCCCAGGCGCUGGAGCGCUACGAGGGCUUGGCGGUUUUCGAUCGGCUGGCGGGGAUCCCCAACGACAUGGCCGGCAACAUCAAGGCUGUGACGUUCCCCUUAUGACACUGCACAACUCCCCCUCGUCCCCAUCAUUUGUCAUGCCAAAUACCUAACUUACGCCUUGUUAGCUCUUGGCAUUGUUUGCAUGACAAGUUCUGGUAGCUGCCCACAUAGCACUACACUCCUGGUUUUUUCAAAUUUGUCAUGCAAAACCUGUAUGAAACCUGUAUGCUUGCUGGCACUUGUAUUGCUGUUCAUGCAAUACUACAAAUGGGGGGGAGGCGAAGUUGUGCGCUUUCAUACCCCUCCCCGGUGGGUCCGAAGACCUUCAAGAACAUCGAAUCGAUCGAGAUGGGGCCGUUUGACCCCGUACGCAUUGCAAAUAAAGCACCUCCGUACUACGUUGUAUAAAUCGCAUGACAAAUUUCCUCAGCAUGAAAAAUGGAAUUUGUGAUGCGGAUUUACCUUGAAAAAUAGGAUCUGUAAUGCAGAUCUGCGAAGAUUUAUUACUGCGAGUACGAGGAUAGAAGUACUUUUGCAAUGCAUACCCCGAGAUGGGGAUGCGGAAAAUCUUCCGUUCUUCGAAGGGCGACUUUGUGCUGAUUGAGCCCCCGCGCAACACCCAGAACUACUGCUACGAGCGGUUUAUCGAGUUCAAGGACCCGAAAUCUGGCACUUAUCAAAGUGAAAAAAGCCCCCACCCCAUACUCAAGAGACAAUUUGUGUUGCUGGAUUUGUGUACACAAAUGAACUUUGUAUUGCAGCGAGUAGAGCGUGUCGGCAUACUUUAAACCCAUUUGGGUACGCAUCCGGCUAGCAGCUGAGCAUGAGAAACAUCAGUCUGAUCAAUAGGCGAAAACGCAUGACAGACUGGCUGUACAGUGCGCCACAUGGGUGCCGUUUGCCUUGUACGCAAGACAGCGCUGAUUUGUGGUCACCAAUCAGCAUCACAAAUUUCCUUUUCGAUACGGGGAGGGGGCAUUUUUCCUCUCAAUAGCACCGUCGAGGUGGUGACCGAAGAAAUGAUCCGCACUAUGGAGAGAAAAAAGUUUGUCACAGUCACUAACUUGCAGGUUUUGCAUGACAAAUUUUCUCAGCAUCACAAACUUUCCUUGUAUUGCAGAAACACUAGGGAAAUCCGUAAUGAAGUCUGGCUGUGAUGCAUUUUUACGCAUGACAAACAAUUUUGUAUUGCAAGAAUGCGCAUGAGUGAUCGUGACGAACUUUUUUUCUUUGAUCCGCACCGCCGGCAAGUACUUCUGCGCUGGGUACGAUCUAUCAAAUGGAAAAAUGUCUGGGUCUGGAAACUUGUAAUGCUAAAAGUGAAUGAGAGUUCCACUGCAAUACGGAGCCAAGCAUGACAAAUUUUUGGGCUCCUAUGUGUUGCGUGUUCCGCAUGGCAAACUACGUUUUUGCAUGACAGGAAAGAGGACAGCUUCGUGCCCAUGCAUCACAGAUUCUUGAGCCAUGUCAGACAUACACGACAAAUGUAGCAAUCUUCCAGACCCAGACAUAUUUGCAUUGGAUACGAUCCCAUGAUGCACGAUGGUGGCCGCUGCAUGGAGUACCCUGAGUAAAAGCGUCCCCAACGACCGAUAGUCAAGGUGGGAAAUCUGCUACACAAAUCAACAAGCUUUGGCUGUUGCGCAUGACAGAUUUGGGUUCGUAGGGUAGUCCGAUGUAGUUUAGCUAAGUGCAACAGCAUGACGGGCCCAGUCUAUAAUGCUGCUCUGAGCAUCACAAAUUUCAAAACACCACUAGAAAAAGCUUCUCAUGGGUCUCGGCAUGAGAAACAUACUCAGCAUGCCCAUUUGCAUUACAACUCUGGGCUAGGGACGUUUUUACGCAGGAUAUGGAGCCGUGGGAAGCUUCCACCACCACGGUGCCGCCAGUCUACACGAAUGCCAAUGCUACUGGUAAUAUGAUGUUAUGAUUACAUUGUGCUACUUUCAACAUCUACUUCUGAUUUAUUUCCUUGCGUUUGUGAAAACUGUAUUCUUCUUGAUCAUGGGGAUGCUGGCAACUACAGGAAGAAUAUGAUUAUCCGCUCUGCUUCUGUGGCAACAUCUUCCCAAGAAUCGCACCGUUCUGUAAAUAUUAACACGCUUUAUGCAUUACAAACAAAAAAACAAAAAGGUGUUGUUGCGUGCGACUUGGUGCAGGCGGUGAUCACCAUGUCCACCGAGGGCGAUACCGCGAACGGCGUUGCCAACCCGAUGGUCCCCGAUCUGUACCAGUACUGCCCCUCCGGUGCCUGUAACAUCACCCAGUUCUUUUCCUACAUUGAGGCACUGCCGAUGGACGGGCCGCCGGGCAUGACCAUCAUGGACGCGUGGGAGAAAUUCAACAAGGACAACGAUUAUCAAAGUGAAAAAAGCCCCCACGACCCCAUACUCAAAAGACAAUUUGUCUUGCUGGAUUUGUGUACACAAAUGAACUUUCUAUUGCAGCGAGAGCUUGAUGUCGGCAUACUUAUUCUAAGCUCAUUUAGGUACUACGUGUAAUCCGGCUAGCAGCUGCGCAUGAGAAACAACUUUGACAUAGGCGAAAACGCAUGACAGACUGGCUGCACAAUGCGCCACAUGGGUGCCGUUUGCCUUGUAGCUGUAUGCAAGACAAAGCUGAGCUGUGGCGACAAAUCAGCAUCACAAAUUUUCUCUCUGAUUAUGGGAGGUGGAAUUUUUCCUUACGAUAACGAUACCUUCGUGACCAUGGACGAGAUGAAGGCGGGCACCAAGGCGGCGCUCCUAUGCAUUGCAAAAGCAUCGUACUCGUAUUGCAGUCAUGCAUUACAAAUCUUUUCCUUGAGGUAAAUCAGCAUCAAAAAUUUUAUUCCUCAUACUGAGGAAAUUUGUAAUGCAUUUAUCCGAAUAGGAAUACGACACUUUUGCAGUUCAUAGCUCCCCGCGUUCGAGCAGAUGGUGAACAACACCGACAUGCGGUCGCCCACCACCGUCGCGAUGGUGGAAGCCGCAAACCGGACGGCCACGAAGACCAGUCGCCGCAUGCUGGAGGCGGAUCUGCUUUCCGGUAACUACCGUCGCCGGAUGCUGUCCUACGUCGACGACAAGUCCGGCAUGAUGGUUCGCCGCCUCUCGACCGGCACCGGGCAGGUAGCCUAUGAGAGUGCACAUAGCUCCCCCUCCCCCUCAUUACUAUCUAAACUGCAGCAGCUGGUCAAAAAUGCAGGCGAGGGGUAUGUUCGGGGGUGUGUUCGGGGGUGUGUCAGGGGUAUGCAAAUGCUCCUCAAUCACGAGCGGACUACAAUUUUUUGCCGAAAAACCAACAGGUGGGGUAUAAACAUACCCCAGACACACCCCAGACACACCCCAGACAUACCCCAGACAGACCCCCGAACAUACCCCAGGCAAAAAGUCCGAACAUACCCCAGACACACCCCGGACACACCCCGGGCAGACUUUCGGACACACCCCGGGCAGACUUUCGGACACACCCCGGGCAGACUUUCGGACACACCCCGGCCAAACUUUCGGACUUCGUCAUGUGAGGUUUGGGCCCGAAGUCCAGUCUGUCACGCGAGACCGUGCGGCCAAGGGGCGAAAGCCCUAGGCCAGCGCGGGGACUCGGUCCCCGCGUCAUGGCCUAGGGGCCAGCUGUGAGCGCUUCCCGGACACCGUGCGGCCAAGGGGCGAAAGCCCUAGGCCAGCGCGGGGACUCGGUCCCCGCGCCAUGGCCUAGGGGCCAGCGAGCUGUGAGCGCUUCCCGGACACCGUGCGGCCAAGCAAGGGGCGAAAGCCCUAGGCCAGCGCGGGGACUCGGUCCCCGCGUCAUGGCCUAGGGGCCAGCUGUGCCGGAGCGCUUCCCGGACACCGACCGUGCGGCCAAGGGACGAAGGCCCUAGGCCAGCGUGGGAGCCCGUUCCCUGCGCCAUGGCCUAGGGGCUAGGUAGCUUUCAGGCAGCACUCCCCGUGAAUCCGUGCGGCCAAGGGGCGAAAGCCCUAGGCCAGCGCGGGGACUCGGUCCCCGCGUCAUGGCCUAGGGGCCAGCUGUGCGCGCUUCCCGGACACCGCGCGGCCAAGGGCGGGCGGGGCGAAACCCCUAGGGCAGCGCGGGGACUCGGUCCCCGCGCAAUGGCCUGGGGGCUAGCUCGCAGCACUUCCCGUGGCCCCGUGUGGCCAAAGGGCGAAAGCCCUGCCUAGGCCAGCGCGCGCGGGGGCUCUGCCCCCGUGUCAUUGCCUAGGGGCCAGCUGUAAGCGCUUUCCGGACACCGUGCGGCCAAGGGGCGAAAGCCCUAGGCCAGCGCGGGGACUCGGUCCCCGCGCCAUGGCCUAGGGGCCAGUUAGCUGCAAGCGCUCCCCGGCGAGACCGCGCGGCCAAGUUAGGGGCGAAAGCCCUAGGCAAGCGCGGGGACUCGGUGGGUCCCCGCGUCAUGGCCUAGGGGCCAGCUGUGAGCGCUUCCCGGACACCGUGCGGCCAAGGGGCGAAAGGAAGCCCUAGGCCAGAGCGGGGACUCGGUCCCCGCGUCAUGGCCUAGGGGCUAGCUGCGAAGGAACACUCCCCGGACACCACACCGCGCGGCCAAGGAUGGAAGGGGCAGAGAAAAGCCCUAGGGCAGUGUGGGGACUCUGUCGCCGCGUCAUGACCUGGGGGCCGGCUCCAGACCCGGCGCGGCGCGCGCCAGGGCCAGUUUCUUCGUUUCUUAUUUUUAUCUUUGCGCGCGGCAGGCUAAUGAAUCUAGUGCGCGCAAGCAAGGGGGCCGCGUCCGCAGGCCCGUCGCGGGUCAGUGAAUGCAAGGCGCACCGAGAUACCUAGCUGCAGGCGACCUGCCUGCCCAGUGCCACCGCGCAGACAAAUGCCGGAAGGUCGCCGCACGGGGACUCUGUCCCCGUGCUCGGGCCUUGUUUGUCAUGCAAAAUCCGAAAUACAAGCUGUGCCUCUUGGUCGUACUGUUUGCAUUACAAGUUCUGGUGGUAGCCUCCCAAAUAUAGCAUUACACUCCAGUGGAAAUUAUUCAAAUUUGUCAUGCAAAACUGGCAUUCUUGCUGAUGCUUGUAUUGCCGUUCAUGCAAUGCAAAUGAGGGGGAAAGGGAGUUGUUCACUGCCAUACUCUGGCUUCGGGCGUGGAAUUUAACGUGACCGAUGCGUUGCAGUACGCCAUCAACACGCAGUCGAUGACCGACACCGACGCGGGCGAGACGUAUCCUGUGUAAAAACGUGUCACCCAUAACUUGUCAUGCAAAUCUGCAUGCUCAAAAUCGAUUUCUCAUGCGGAAAAACCCAUGAGAAGCAAUUGCUAGUUCUGUGUUUCGGAACUUGUGAUGCUCGAAUCACCAUAAUGCACUAGAUCUGUGAUGCUGCUGAACAAGCUAAGUCGAGGGCCGAACUUGUCAUGCGCAACAACCAAAGCUGGCUGAUUUGUCUAGCAGAUUUGUGAUCCCAUCUCGACUAUGGAGUGAGGACGUUUUUGCUAAGGAUAAGAUCAUGCCCAACACCAUGGUUGCCCAGGCUAUCUGCUCCGCCGACGCGUCGAAGUGCGCCACCGCGGAAAACCUGGUCGCGUCGGCCGAUACCAACAAGGACGGGAAGAUUGACACCAACGAGUACGAAGACAAGCUGCCACAGAAGAUGUCCUCCGAUCCGGCCACCCGUUCCGAACAGGAUUCGCCCCCGGAGCCGAAGACCGGCCCGAGCGUGUGCUCCGCCCUGAAGGAGGCGCUGCCGCCGGGCGUGGCCAUCACCUGCACGAACGAGAAGGACCUGGAAAAGAUGAAAGGCGAAAACGUGGAGGAGAAGAUGGAGGCGUGUACCAUGGCGGACAAGUAUUCCGGCGAGAUGGCGGACGGGAAGAUGACGAAUGAGGAAUGCAAGAAGCACCACGACCCCUCCACCCCCUUCGACGAAAUGCUGGCAAUUUGCGCCGGCGGCGACCUAUGACAGUGCACAACUCCCCCUUCCUCUCAUUUGUCAUGUACAAUACCCAAUCCACCCUUUGCCUCUUGGCACUGUUUGCAUGACAAGUUCUGGUAGCCCAAAUAGCACUUUGUCAUGCAAAACCGGCACUCUUGUUGAUGCUUGGUUUGCCGUCCAUGCUAUACAAAUGAGGGUGAGGGGGAGUUGUGCACUCUCAUACGACCCGGAAACCAUGCAGAAGUGCAAGGAGAUGGGCGUCGGGAUCGCGCAUUGUGUGCAGUUCAAGAUUAUGAACUGCAAAAGCAUCGUACUCGUAUCGCAAUCAUGCAUUACAAAUCUUUUUCUUCAGGUAAAUCCGCAUUACAAAUUUUAUUUCUCAUGCUACGCAAAUUUGUAAUGCAUUUAUACGAGUACGAUAGCGAUACUUUUGCAAUGCAUAAAGAUGCCCGAAGUGGGUGGCGACAAGACCACGGCGGAAAUGAUCUGCAACAUGCACGACACCAUGGACCCGGUGGCCACCCCGACCUCCGGGCUGAUGCGCGCGGAGAUCGACAAGACCUUCCGCAAGCUCAAGGAUGAGGACAUGGGCGAUGAGGUUUCCACCGACAUCCGCCGUCAGCUCGGCGCCGGCCACAUCAGCCGCGACUUCAAGCGGGCCCGCGGCGCGAUCAAGCUGCAGCACCUGUCGCCGUUGCACCGCACCCACGGUGGGGAGCGGCAUGUCAAGGAGGACAGUGGUUUCCACGAGGUCGUGUUUGAGCAGAUGAUUAACUUGCCGAGAAUGCGGUUCCUGGAGCAGAAGGUGAUCCAGAAGGAGCGGAAGCUGCGUCGCGCCAUGCGGCGGAAGCUGGGCGAAGACAAGUACGAAUCCUGGAUUCUCGAGCGCCGCCUGCGCCAGUCGGAAAAGCUGCGCCGCCGCCGUGUCUUGCUCGCCUUAUGAACUGCAAAAGUAUUAUACUCUUGCUCGUAUAAAUGCAUUACAAAUUUCCUCAGCAUGAAAAAUAAGAUUUGUAAUGCUGACUUGCCUUCAGAAAAAAAUUUGUGAUGCAAGACUUGCAUUUAUACGAGUACUAUACUUUUGCACGGGAUACGCGUUCGACGAGAAUAACGACGACCCGGAGGAAGCCCACCGCAAACUGCAGCGGGUGUCCCGUUAUGAACUGCAAAAGUUUAUUAUCGCUAUCGUAGGUUUUCUUGCAAUACAAAUUUGCUCCGCAUUACAAAUUAAAUUUGUAAUGCGGAUUUACGUUAAGAACUAGAUUUGUAAUGCAUUGCUGCAAUUACAACUACGAGUUAGCGAUACAACUUUUCCCCCGGGAUACCUGUCGUCUGCACGAAAUUUCCAUCAACGCGCACUCGCACCGGUCGCUGGAAGCCACGGGCCGCCGCUUGGUCGCGGAGGACGACGAAGAGGACCGGAAGCUGCGCUACUUGCUGGAUGACGACCACCACAUGCUGUCCCACAACCACGCGGAAUACCGCCGAGAUUUCCGGAUCAAGCCGACUGGCUUCGAAAUGCGCGAGCUGAUGCACCUGACGCACUCUGCCAAGCGGAACUUGUUGGAGGGUGGAUUGCCGACGAUGGCGACCAUUAACGACUACCUGACGGAACAAAUGGGCCGCCAGGGCGGCAUGAACGCCACGGCCAUCACGGAGUGGGCCCGGGAGACGCUGUACAAGAUCCAGAACGCCGACCCGACGGACGACCCGUACGGGAACCUCACCUACACCGAGGCCGAGCUGCACGCCAGUCGCCAAGAGACGCGGAUCCUGACCAAGAUUCGCGACGCGGCUGACCCCGUGGCCGUCGUGAAGCAGUUUCACAGCUUAUCCUAUGUAAAAACGUCCCCACCCCAGAGUUGUCAUGCGAUUCUGCAUGCCAAAAACGUUCCUCAUGCGGAGCCCUAUGAGAAGCGUUUUCUUAUCGUGUUUUGGAAUUUGUAAUGGUAGGACCAGCAUGCUAUGAUAGAUCUGUUACGCUGCUGACCUACCUAAAACAGGAUUACACUACGAGGACAAACCUGUCAUGCGAAGCAACCAAAGCUAGUUGAUUUGUCUAGCAGAUUUCCCAUCUUGACUCUGGUGCGUGGGCCCCGUUUUUACUCAGGAUACGGCUACGCCGCCCCGCAGACGCCAGACGACGCGCAAAAGGAAAUGGAGGACCUGAACGGCGGCGCGCCGGCCACCCAAACUAUCAAAUGCAAAACAAACAUCGUACUAGUAGUAUAAAUCGCAUGACAAAUUUUCUCAGCAUGAGAAACAAAAUUUGUAAUGUAGAUUUGCCUUAAGAUCGAGAUUUGUAAUGCAUGACUGCAAUUACUACGAGUGCGAUGCUUUUGCAUUUGAUACAAACUUGCGCGAAGUACGACACCGAUGGGGACACCGCCGAGACCGCGUCCGCUGGCAUGCGCAAUAUCAAAUGCAAAAAUGUCUGGGUCUGGAAGGUUGUAACUUGUGAUGCUGUCUUCGGAGUCGAAAAAAAUCUGUAUUGCAUGACCAGCAAGAGGAAUCCAGUUUGGUCUAGACGGAGAGGGAAUUUCUCAUGCGGUAGAGGUAUCGCAAAGCGCUCUAAAAAUCUGUGAUGUUACGGCAUGCAUCACAGACAUCAUGGGUCAUGGAAAAUAUGCAUGACAAAUCUAGAAAUCUUCCAGACCCAGACAUUUUUGCAUUUGAUACGCAAGCUGAUGCGGCAACGCCGGGUGCUGACCGAGAUUGCGGAGCGCCGCCGCAUGCGCGCACUCACGAUGGAGGAAGGGACGCAUCACCGCCGGCAUUUACUCGCCUCGGUCGACGAACUGCACCGCGUUCUGCACGACAACGAGGCCCAGGCCACCAUGGCCACCACGCCCGUGUUGAACGAGAAGGAGGUCACCAACUGCAUGAACAAGCGCCCGGGCCAAGUGGCCAAGCUGAAGGAGCACUGCAAACGCGAGCAGAAGAAACGCGAGGGUGCGGUCCUGACCGAGAACCGCCGGAUCCUGGCGCAGAUCAAGCUGGAACCCUUCGAGCGGCGCGAGCUGCGGAUCUCGGACGAGGAGGAGGACGAGGACGACGAGGGCUCCUUUGCCUGCACCCCCUGCGACAUGCUGACGGGCACCAACGACGCUAUCGAAUGCAAACAUGUCUAAAAGUCUGGAAAGUUGUGAUGCAUGCAAGUGAAUAGUAAUAGGAAACCAUAAUGCGUUGCCAAGCAUGACAGAUUUAUUCGUUGCUUUGUGUUCUUGCGUGUUCCACCGCAUGAGAAACAGCGUUUUUGCAUGACAGACAAGGGGAGCUGCUCUUCCUAGCCACGCAACACAGAGCUCAGUGGCAAAUUCCUGGCUAGCAUGACAAAGCUCGUCGCACAACUCUUCCAGACCUAGACAUGUUUGCAUUUUGAUAGACGCCGCGCGCCAGCACUUGUCUGAGUUGCCGGUCAACCAGGACGCCAAAAAGUCCGGCGAUCCCAACUGGUGCGUAUCAACUGCAAAUAUGGAAGAUCUGGGUCUGGACAGGUUGAACCUGUCUUGCGUAAUUCGCAUUGCGAGAAAAUCUGUAUUGCAUGAAGCAGCAAAAAAUAGAGCACCACACCACUUUUGUCAUGAAGUAGUUUGUAAUGCGUCCUGCGCAUCUUGACAGAGCUUUUGAAAAAUUUGUCAUGCUGCACUGCACUUACUGGCGCAUUCAAUCGUGACCAUUCAGCAUUCCAAAAUUUCAAAACUCAGAUCGAUAUUUGCAAUCCAUAGUGCGCCGCGGACUACGAAAACUACAAAGCGAUCUGCAUGGACAAGCCGGACUGCUGCUCCGUUCCGGAGCCGCCGCCCCAGAACGUAUCCUGAGUAAAAACGUCCCCACACGACCAGAGUCAAGAUGAGAACUUGGCAACACAAACCUAGCAUUUUUGGGAGUCACGCAUGACAACUUGCACUCCGUAGUGAACAAGUGCAGGUCAGCAAGUGCUGCACCCGCACCGCAGAUCCAUCUGCUUAUCCUGCUCACAGCAUCACAAAUUCCAAAACACGAUUGGAAAUGUGGUCUACCAUGGAGGGUGUGCGCAUCACAAAUGUCAUUGUCAUUGCAAAUCUGCAUGACAACUCUGGGAUGGGGACGUUUUUGCACAGGAUAGAACGCGACGGAAAUGUACCCGGAUGAGUACACCGGACCCGAUUAUUAUGCAAGAAAAAAACUGCGCAACAACUGUAACUUUGUGUUGCAGAACACGCAACAGAGUUAAAAAUACACCUGUCAUGCCAGACAGCCAUGCAGUCCUCUGUGGAUGUGUGUUUUCCCUUGCAAGCCACGCAUGACAGGUUUAUUUCUCUGUCCUGCAGAGCAAAUUUGUGAUGCUGUCAGGGAAAGAAAGUUUUACAUUAACACAGUUUUUUUCUUGGAUAAUUAUGACACCAACCUCCGCGAAUUGCAGCGAGGUGGGCGCCUUCCCCCAAGGUCGACACCACGCGGUUUUCCAGGAGGCCCGCCCGCGCGGCCGACUAUGCACUGCAAAAAUCCCUGGAUGUCUGGAAGGUCGGAACUUGUCAUGCUAAAUCUGAAUCAUGCAAAGAUCUGUGUUGCAGGAUUGCCAAAAAUAAAUGCUUUCCACUUUCGACCAAGUUGAGAGGCAGUUUCUAAUGCAGGAUCGAGGCAUGAUAGUGAUCUCACGGAAGAUGAAUCUAUCAUGCUAGGUCCUCCUUUACAGAUCAUAUGGGUCCUCAUGGAAAACCUGCAUGACAAGUCGGGCAAAGUUCCAGACCCAGGUCGAUUUUUGCAUUGGAUACCGACUGCGCGCCGCGUCUUCCGGGCGAUCCGCCGGAUGGCCCCGCCCCGGCGCCUAUCCUGUGUAAAAACGCUCCCACACGACCAUAGUACUCAACGAAAUGGGAAAUCUGCAACACAAAUCUCCAAGUUUUGGGAGUUCUACAUGACAAGUUUCCAUCUGCAGCGUAGGGCUGGUUAGCGAGGAAAGACGCAUGAGAAAGCCACUUGUGUCUCAUCCUGUUUACAGCAUUACAAAUUCCAAAACAGGAUUGGAAAUUAUGCCUCUACUCAACGAGAUGCGCAUUACAAAUCGAUUCCUGUCAUUGCACAUUUGCAUGACAACUCUGGGCGGGUGGGGACGUUUUUACACAGGAUAGUGCCCGCCACCGUACACCCCGAUGCGGACCCCCCGCCCGCGGUCUCCGCCGCGUGGGCGCCGGACCAGCACCCCCCCCCGCAGCUCGAUGACGCUCAGCUCCGGCCAAGGUGGGCGGGGCUUCCGCCUGCUGCAGGCCCCGGCGGGUGGAGAUGAUCAAAUCGAGUUCGGAGCCCCGGUAUCAAGUGCACAAAUGUCUGGGUCUACAAGAUUACAAACUUGUGAUGCGCAUUUCAUAACACAGAAAAAUCUCUAAAUGCAUAGGCAGCAAAAGUUGUUCACUUUCUGUCACCAAAGUCCUGGAUUUGUCAUGCAGAUUCGGCAUUGGUUGCGAAUGCUUCUCGAUUAAACCUGUGAUGCUAGAGCUUCCAUGUUGCCAGACCUUCUGUGUCAUGCAAAAACAGCAUGACUCUUCCAGACCCAGACACUUUUGCACAGGAUACCCGGGUACUGCGGGCGCUCCGGCGGACACCUCCGCGGUUCCCAAGCCGGGUGAGCUAUGAAAUGCAAAUAUGUCUGGGUCUGGAAGGAUGCAACUUGUCAUGCUGAGUGUGGAUGAUGCAAAAAUCUGUGUUGCAUGAUUACCAAAAGAUGUACACUUCUGGCCAGGUUGACAGGGAGUUGCUCAUGCAGGAUAGGCAUGAUAGAGGAGAUCUUACAGCGUCCGUCAUGCUCAGCGCUGCAUUCCAGACCUCAUGGGUCAUUGAAUUCCAGCAUGACGAAUCUUCCAUUCUCCCAGACCCAGGCAUAUUUGCAAUGCAUAUAAGCCGAUGAACUACCACAAGUGCGCGACGGGCGAGUCGGUUUCCAAGGCGGGCGAGCAGCCAGACAUUUUGUUGCCGGGCGAGGACUAUGCAUUGCAAAAGCAUCGUUAUCGUACAAGUAUAAAUUGCAUUACAAAUUUCCUCAGCAUUAGGAAUGGAAUUUGUAAUGCGGAUUUGCCUUAAGAAACAGAUUUGUGUUGCAUAACUGCAAUUACUACGAGUACGAUGCUUUUGCAGUUCAUAAGAACCCGAUCCAGACCCGCCGCCUGGCCAUGAUGCACGGCCACACCGCGUUCGCCCACUUUAAGAAAUGCAAAAAUGUCUGGGUCUGGAAGAUUAGAACUUGUCAUGCUAAAUCCGAAUGAUGCAAAAAUCUGUGUUGCGUGAGUACCAAAAGCUGUCCGCUUUUGACCAAGUUGAGAGGGAGUUUCUCAUGCAGGAAAGGCAUGAUAGAGACCUCAAAAAAUCUGUCAUGCUGGGUCUCGCAUUCCAGACCUCAUGGGUCAAGGAAAACCUGCAUCACAAAUCUUGCAUUCUUCCAGACCCAGACAUUUUUACAUUUGAUACACUUCGAGAUGCGCCAGCUGGAAAAGCACACCUACAACAAGGCGGUCGGCCGCAUGCGGUCCCUUACCGAGGCCACCCACGGUGCGCCCAUCGACGUGUAUCGGCACAAGCGGAAGGCGGUGCCCUACAAGCAGAUCCUGAAAAUGCAGGAGAAGGAGCGGCUGCGCCGCCGUCGCAUGGAGCAGCUGGAGACCAACGAGGAUCCCGAGCCCACCGUGCACAUCGACGGUGCUGGCCGGAGACUCAACGUGUGGGACACGACCACCUGCCAAAACGCCGUCGAGCCGUCGGUCAAGUACGAGUGCAUGACUGGCGCCGCGCGGUCGCAGGCCAGCGAGAUGCUGUCUCCGUCGAACACCAACGACGCGGGUGGCAACCCGAAGCCGCACAAGACUUCCGGCGCGGCCAACGCCCCGUUGACGUUCGUCAACUUCGUCAACCGGGCCAUGUCUGAUGGUGAGGGUGGCCUUCCCGCGUGCCAGAAGCUGCCACUGGAGGAGUAUCCCAAAUAAAAAUGUCCCCCACACCAAAGUUGUCAUGCAAAUCAGCAAACCUAGGACGUUUCUCAUGCGCAGUUCCAUGAGGAGCGUCAGCGUUUUUCAACAAUGCUAUCUGGGAGUUUGUCAUGCUGAAAUCAGGAGGAGGCGAUCGGUUUGUGAUGCAGCUACACUAGCUGAAUACGGUUAAAUUGCUCGCCGAAAUUUGUCAUGCGCAACGCCCAAACCUUGUGGAUUUGUGUAGCAAAGCCUCCAUCUUGACUACGGGGCGGGGACGUUUUUGAUCAGGAUAAGGAACGCAAGAUGCCCAUGCUGGGAGCGACCAACAACUUCGAUUUGAACCCGAUGAACACCUAUGCGCACAACUUGAUGACCGAUAAGAUGGGCCCGGGGUGCAUUGCCACCUGCCGCUGCCACUUCGUGGGUAUGCUCCCCAACGGCAAGUCCAUUCUCGCGAACGUGUGCCGCUACAAGAACGAGAUCGAGUGCCCCUGUAUCAAAUGCAAAUAUGUCUGGACGUCUGGAAAGUUGUGAUGCUGAGUCCCGAUGAUUGAGCAUACUUACCUGAGAGCAGCCAAGCAUGACAAAUUUUUAGUAGGCUUCCCCAUGGUGCGUGGCACGCAUCAGAAGCUGCGUUCUUGCAAGACAAACGAAUUCAUCGCGCUCUUGAUGUUGGUCAUGCAACGCAGAUUUUACAGGAGUGCAAGACACGCAAUACAGGUUCCAGUUUUCCAGACGCAAACAUAUUUGCAAUGCAUAGCCUGCAUGCAGCAGAAGAAGAAAUGCCACGGCGCGAUUCUCGAAGCGUGGCGGUCCAAGGGUGGGUACGAGCCGGUGGAAAAGCCGACCGGCCAGUCCACCCCGACCCAGCGCCGCGCGCGCCGCUUGCAGCAUAUCCUGAGUAAAAUCGUACCCACACCAGAGUCAAGAUGGAAAAUCUGCUAGACAAAUCGGCCAACUUUGCUUGUUUCGCAUGACAAAUUUGGACGCGUAGUGUAGUGCUGUUUGAGCUAGUUCAGCAGCAUUUCAGAUCUAGUCUCUCAUGCUGAUUGGAGCAUGACAAAUUUCAAAACACCCUUAGAAAAUGCUUCUCAUGGGGCUCCGCAUGACAAACAUUUUAAGCAUGCAGAUUUGCAUGACAACUAUGGUGUGGGUACGUUUUUACUCAGGAUACAGCAGCGCCGGUCUUUGCGGAUGCACCGGUUAUGCCUUGCAAAAGUACCGUACUCGUCGUAUAAAUGCAUUACAAAUUUUCUCAGCAUGAGAAAUAAAAUUUGUAAUGCGGAUUUAGCUUAAGAAAAAGAUUUGUAAUGCGUGAUUGCAAUUACUACAACGAGUGCGAUACUUUUGCAGUGGAUAGCGGUUGGAUUCCAACAACUUUAUCAAAGUGAAAAAACCCCCCACCCCAUAUUCAAAAGACAAUUUGUGUUGCUGGAUUUGUGUACACAGAAGGACUCUGUAUUGCAGCAAGAGCUUGUUGGCACAUUCUUAGCCCAUUUUCUGGGUACGCAUCCGGCUAGCAGCUGAGCAUGAGAAACAAGUCUGACAUAGGCGAAAUCGCAUGACAGACUUGCUGCACCAUGCGCCGCAUGGGUGCCAUUUGCCUUGUACGCAAGACAGAGCUGAUUUGUGGUCACGAAUCAGCAUCACAAAUUUUCUUUUCGAUAUCUAUGGGGAGGGGGGAUUUUUCCUUCUGAUAAACUUCCGCCGCCUGUCCCGGCAGGACACCAAGUACCUGCGCCACGAAAACCGGAUGCGCCGCGAGCGCCGCCGCAUGCGGGUCCGCCGUGCGCUGGGCGAGUCUAUGGAUUGCAAAUAUGUCUGAGUCUGGAAGGAUGCAACUUGUAAUGCUAAUUCUGGAUCCGAUGCAGAAAAAUCUGUGUUGCAUGACUGCCAAAAGUUGUCCACUUUUGACCAGAAGGGAAGAGGAAGUUUCUCAUGCAGAAUAGGCAUGAUAGGGAUCAUCUCACAGAAUCUGUCAUGCUAGGUCCUGCAUUCCAGACGACAUGGAUCAUGGAAAAUCUGCAUGACAAGUUUCAGAUUCUUCCAGGAGACCCAGACAUAUUUGCAUUUGAUAGAGACCAAGGCCAAGCAGAUCGAGGUGUUCGAGCACGAAUUUUACCACAAGUUCGGUUCCUAUGACAGUGCACAACUAGUACCCUCCUCAUUUGUCAUGUAAAAUCCCAAAUCCACCCUUUGCCCUGUGGCACUGUUUGCAUGACAGAUUCAUCCGGAAGCCGAAACAGCACUACAAUCAGUCGGAAAUAAUUUGUCAUGCGAAAGCUGCAUCUGUGCCAGGACUUGUGUUGCUGCGGAUGCCAUCCAAAUGAAUGGGAGAGAAGUAGUUGUGCACUUUCAUAGCGUCCGUCACCGGUCCAUGCGCGUGUUGACCGGCAAGCCGGGUCAGCCGUUCCGCAACUUGGAAAUGAUCGAGACGUACCACACCAACCUCCGCCGCCUGCGCGCGCGUCAGCUCGCGGAGAAGCAGGGGAAGUUGCGGAAGCUGGACCACGGCACCCCACCGCCGCCGUACAUGCAGGACGACAAGGUGGAGCCCGGCAUGCCGACUCCGCUCGGAACUGUCGCGCCGGGCGUGGGUGGCACUGCCGCCCCAUUGAUGCUGCCGCAGCAGUAUCAAAUGUAAAAAUGUCUGGGUCUGGAAGAUUGGAACUUGUGAUGCUGCGUCUGCAUUAUCCAAAAAUCUGUAUUGCAUGAACAGCAAAAGAGGCCUGGUUUUGGCCACGGCGAGAGGACAUUUCUCAUGCGGUAUAGGCAUCAGAACGCCCUCGCAAUAUCUGUGAUGCUAGGGCAUGCAUCGCAGACGUCAGGAGUCACGCAAGAUGUGCAUGACAAACCUUGCAUCCUUCCAGACCCAGACAUUUUUACAUUUGAUAAGCAGGGCGUCGUGACGACUUACUCUCCCGCGACCCCGUAUGGAGGCGUCAGGAUCGAAACCGUCAAAGUUGAACAAAUAGUUUGUCAUGCAUAAAAUGCAGCCCACAGAGUGCCUGUCUUGCAGAAGAGGCAAGUGAGGCAGAUUGUAAGCCUGUUGAGGGGUAGAAACUGAGCCGCUAAAGUAGAAUGACAAAAGGCGUCUUCCUUACCCAAACAGCAUGACAAACUGGAUUUCAGUUCUACCCAAAUUUGUCAUGCACCGCUUGGAAAUUCGGCUUCCAACUGGUAUCCGUUUUAUGCAUCACAAAUUAUUUCAACUCUGACGAUUUCGAUCCUGACCCUUCCAUACCCCGGCCCCGACGUAUGUGGAGGCGCAUUCGGCUGUGACCUACACCACCGCGCCGUCCGCCGCGGACGGAAGUUCCUCCGCUUUGAUGGCCACGACCCCGACUCCGGAGUACUACGGUCCGACCGGAUAUGGAUGUGUCAGGAGCGAAAUCGACAAAGUCGAAAAAUUUGUGAUGCAUAAAAUGCAAGGCACGAAAAGACUGUCUUGCAGGGAUUGCAAGAGAGGCCGAUUGUAAGCCUGUUUAGCUUUAGGGGUAUACAAUGUGCUGCCAGAGUAGCAUUACAGGAGUAGACUUCUUUGCCCAAACAGCAUGACAGACUGGAUUUGGGCGCUCCCGAGAUUUGUCAUGCGCCACUUGGAAACUGAGGCUCCAACUGACAUCGAUUUUGCGCAUCACGAAUUUUUCGAUUUUGUCAAUUUCGAUUCUGACACUUCCAUACCGGAAAUGAGAACAUCGACAUCACGCAGGUCAUGAACCACAACCUGUUCGACCAGGCGACGAAUACGUUUUACAGUUUGGUGAUGAUAUGGAUUGCAAAUACGUCUGGGUCCUCUGGAAGAUUGCAACUUGUCAUGCUAAAUCCGCAUCAUACAGAAAUCUGUGUUGCAUGAGUGCCAAAUAAACUAGCUGUCCACUAUUUCGACGAAGUUGGGAGGGAGUUUCUCGUGCAGUAUAGGCAUGACAGAGACCACCUGCUCACAGAGUCUGUCAUGCGAGGUCCCGCAUUCCAGACCUCAUGGGUCAUGGAAAACCUGCAUGACAAGUUUACACUCUUGUUCCAGACAACAUCCAGGGAUCUUUGCAGUUGAUACAUGACCUCGGUGAACCAAACCGUUGACACCACCGCUUGGUACACGCACGACCUGUGCUAUAUGGAAGCGUCAGGAUUGAAAUCGACAAAGUUGAACUGAUUUGCCAUGCAUAAAACCGAUACCAGGCGGAACCCAAUUGCUACGCGGCGCAUGACAAAUUUUCUUGGCAACUACACCUAAAUCCAGUCUGUCAUGCUGUUUGGGCAGAGAGAAGAGGUUCUGUCAUGCUACUUAAGCAGCUCUAUGUCUUCUACCCCUCAAAAGGCUUUUUAUCGAAUCGGCCUCUCUUGCCAUCCCCGCAUGACAGUCACCACGCGCCUUGCAUUUUAUGCAUCACAGAUUCUUUGAACUUUGUCGAUUUCGAUCCUGACACCCCCAUAUGCUACCUCGCGGUCUCCUGGAAGAACAACGCGACCACGAUCGAAGAUGACGGUUUCCCGUCGGAGCGGAAACAGGAGUGCGUGAAGGCCAUUCUGUACGAUCCGGAAACCAUGGGCUACACCCCGAGCUUCUUCGAGGAAUACCAUGCCGGUCAGGCCUUCUGCCCCAACUUCGAUCCGGAAGACCCCAACGUGCCGCAGGGGCUGGCGGACGUGCUCGGCGAGGAGCACAAAUUCGAGGGCCCCGCGGGAGUGGGCCGGAUCGAGAACGCCCAGGUGCACCUGGACGAUUUGAAGCCUGGAUUGGUGUGCGAGAACGGCGUGCCCGUUCCGGAUGACGCGUUCGACGAAUCUGAGAAGGAUGACGACGAGCGCGACCCCCCACCGGCGGAGGUCAAGGAGAAGGCGUGCGGCAAGACCUGCCUGUCGCCUGGUGACGGGUCUAUGGAGAACGAGUUGAAGAAGUUCGCCGAGUCCCACCUGGUUUUGACGCAGAACUGCAAGGAGUUCACGAAGGAGUACUUGGCGUUGCCGGCCUACGAUCCGGAAAUGGGGUACGAUAUGGGCGAGGAGCAGGCGAACCAGUACUGCGGGCAGUUUGCGAGUGAAAACGUCGGCAUGCUGAUGCAGUUAUGCAUUGCAAAGAUGUCUGGGUCUGGAAGUAUGCAACUUGUGAUGCUGGAUUUGGCUUCUGCAAAAAAUCUGUAUUGCAUGAGCAGCAAAAGAGGUCCAGUUUUUUGCCACGGCGAGAGGGCAUUUCUGAUGCAGUAUAGGCAUGCAUCAGGAAGCGCUCAUAAAAUCUGUGAUGCUGCGGCAUGCGUCACAGACAUCGAGAGUCAUGCGAAAUGUGCAUGACAACCUUCCAGACCCAGACACGUUUGCAUUUGAUAGCAGUACCAGAUCAGCCUUGCGUUCGGCGGCGAGUUUAAGCGCCACGAAUUGAAGCACCCGGUAUCGUGAGGAAAAAUCCCGCCUCCCCUUACUCACAAUUGAAAUUUGUGAUGCUGAUUUGUGACCACAAAUCAGCUUUCUCUUGCGUACGGGGCAAAUGGUAGCCGUGUGGCGCAUUCCACAGCCAAGCUGUCAUGCGAUUUUGCCUACUGCAGAGCUGUCUCUCAUGCCUCAGUGCUAGCCUUCUGCAUAGCUAAUCAGGCUUAGGAAAUGCUUGCAAGCGCUUGCUGCAAUACAGCGCUGAUUUGUGUACACAAAUCCAGCAACAGAAAUUUCCGUUUCAAUAUGGGGAGGGGGCUUGUUUCAAUUUGAUACCCGGCGCUCGCAGACCACUUGAUGAAGGAAGAGUCCAAGCCCUGCGUGUCCCCCGGCGUCGCCGAGGCGGCUAUCAAAUGCAACUAUGUCUGGGUCUGGAAAUUUGUGUUGCUAAAAUGUGCAAGAGGAAGUCACUCUCUUAUGCAGGAAGGCAUGACAAGUUUGCAGCGCGCUUUCUCAUAAGAACUCCGCAUGAGAAGCUGCGUUUUCGUAUGACGGGAGAGGCUACUACGUUUGUUGGUCAUGCAAUACAACAGAUUUCACAGGAACGCAGGACCAGCAUUACAGGUUCCAACUUUCCAGACCCAGACAUUUUUGCAAUUCAUAGCGGCGCACUUGGAGCACAUGGUCCGGAAAUACGGCGAUGCGGACUUGCACGAGGCGAUCUUCUAUCAAAUGCAAGAAUGUCUGGGUCUGGAAAAGUGGAACUUGUUAUGCGUGUCCUGCAUAAUUCUGGGAAAAUCUGUGUUGCAUGAGCAGCAAAAGAAAAGCUUGCUUUGUGAUCCGACAACGCAAUUUGUGAUGCGUGCUAGACAUCAGCAGACGUCUCAAAAACUUGUCAUGCUUGGCUGCCACUGCAAGGGCUUCAAUCAUGCUCAAUUGAGCAUCACAGGUUUCCAGACCCAGACAGAUUUACAAUGCAUAUCUUCCACCAGAUCCCGUCGGGCGAAAUGCGGGCGGAGGUCAACAAGGCGAAGGCGGACUCCGGCGGUCUGUGGGAGGCUUUGAACCCUCCGGACAAGAAGGACCCGACCAUGGCCGGGUAUGUCACCAUGACCGACAUUAUGGAUUACGACAUGAAGUGCGCCGACGCAGCGGGCCCCAAGGAUAUCAAAACCAAAUAUGUCUGGGUCUGGAAGCAUGCAACCUGUGAUGCUGCACUUGGAUUCCAAAAAAAUCUGUAUUGCAUGAGCAGCAAAGGAAGUGUAGUUUUUGCUACGCGGAGAGGGCAUUUCUCAUGCGGAAUAGGCAUCAAGAAGCCCUCGGAUAAAAAUCUGUGAUGCUAGGGCAUGCAUCACAGACAUCAGGGCUCAUGCAAAACGUGCAUGACAAAUGAAUCUUCCAGACAUGCAGGGCUAUUUGCAUUUGAUAAAGGAAACCGUCGACCAGAAGGCGUGCGACGAGCUCUCCCGCGUGAUGCCGGUGAUUAUGCAGAAGAUGUCCACCGGCCGGGGCGACAUCCCGGCCGCCGGGGAGGCGGAAAACUCCGCGAAGAUCUCGUAUGAAUUGCAAAAGUAUCGUGCUCGUAUAAAUGCAUUACAAAUUUGCUCAGCGUGAGAAACAAAUAAACUUUGUAAUGCGGAUUUACCGUAAGAAAAGGAUUUGUAAUGCGUGACUGCAAUUACUACGAGUGCGAUACUUUUGCCGCUCAUAUUUCCCAUGAGGAUCUGAUGGAGUUCUCGCGCAUGGCCGAGGAAGGCACGUCCGCGCAGACCCAGGGGGAAGAGGUUCCGCAGAACGACUACGUCUGCCACAAGUUGAUGACAGAAGAGGGCGGGUGCAAGACCGAGGAAUGCGCCAAGGGGCAGUUCAAGGAGGCGAGUGGCGGGAAGACCACGGUGUCCCAGCAGAACAUGCACGCCCCGGUGGGUGUUGCCGCCGAGACCGAUGCGUCGGAGGCGCCGACCAUGCCCGCGGACAUGGACCAGCAGCAGGCGGAGGAGGACGCGUAUGACUGUGUACAACCCCCUCUCCACCUCAUUUUUAUUGCAUGAGCAGCAAUACAAACACCAUAACGCGUUGAGCCUGUGCAUGACAAGUUCAUGCGCCUUGUGCGGUACUACUGGGGCUUCCGUAAUCUGUCAUGCAAACAGUGCCACAGGGAAGCAUUUGGAUUUGGGAUUUUGCAUGACAAACGAGGAGGAAGGGUGGUUGUGCACUGUCAUAAUGCGGCCAUGAAAGACAUGAAGACCGCGGAGAAUUUGAAGACCGCCAUGGCUAUGGAUUGCAAAAAUGUCUGGGUCUGGAAAGUUGUAAUGCCAAAAGUGAAUGGGAGACGCACUGCAAUACGCAGCUAUGCAUGACAAAUUUUUUGGCUCCCAUGUCUUACGUAUUCCGGAUGGCAAGCUGCGUUUUUGCAUGACAGGUAAGAGGGCCUCCUUGUGCCUAUGCAACACAGAUUCUCGAGUCAUGCCAGACAAGCAUGACAAACUUGCAUUCUUCCAGACCCAGACAUGUUUGCAUUUGAUAAUAGCCGACUCCGCCGCCGCCACCGAGGCGCUCACCACCGCCGUCGUCCACACCGGCCGGAGGAUGUUGCUCAUGCGUGCGCGUCAACUCUCCGAGGACGGGUUCGCCAGGCCAGAGCACUUCCGCCGGGUUUUGCAGGAAGAUUCCACUCUUCGCCGCAUGUUGACCGACCACGACUCGGGUAAGAUUGCUGUUGGCGUCGCGAACGACAAGUACGUGACCAACGACGCCGGUACCAUGGUGACCGACAGUUAUGGGAAGAAGAUCCCGAAGCCGGCGGCUGACGAAGCUCCGUCGCCGCAGCUGCUCACCACGGUCGGUGUCCCCCCGCAGUUCUUGGACAGCGCGUGCGAAGCGGUUUAUGCAUUGCAAAUAUCGAAGAUCUGGAUCUGGAAGAGUGCAACGUUUGUCAUGCACAUUUUGCCUAACCCCUCAUGUCUGUCAGGCAUGCCCUAGCAUCACAGAGUUCAUUUUGCGGGCUUCCUAAUGCCUAUCCCGCAUGAGAAAUUCCCUAGCCCCCUCCGCGCAACAAAAGCUGGACUCCUCUUGCUGCUCAUGCAAUACAGAUUUUUUUUGAAUCCACAGGCAGCAUUACAAGUUGCACUGCUCCAGAAAACCAGGGAUCAUAUUUGCAGUGGAUUCGGUUUCUGGCGUUUUGAAGCGCGUGAAUGAGACGAAAUCGCAGAUGAAGCAGUCCACCAAGGGCUUAACCGAGGAUCCGGAGUCCGAGCGCCAGCGCCACGAGAACUUUGAUGCUCAGGAACGGUAUCAAAUGCAAAAGUGUCUGGGUCUGGAAGAUUUCUAGAUUUGUCAUGCAUAUUUUCGAUGACCCAUGACGUCUUUGAUGCGUGCCAUAGCAUCGCCGAUUUUGAGAGCGCUUUGUGAUACCUCUACCGCGUGAGAAAUGCCCUUUCCGCGUGGAAAAAACUGCUGUCCUCUUGCGUGUCAUGCAAUACAAAUUUUAUCAGAAUCCAGAGACAGCAUCACAAGUUUAGAAUGUUCCAGACCCAGACAUAUUUGCAUUUGAUAAACGGUAUGAAAAGAAGAUCCAGAACCAGGGCGCGCCGUUCAUCGCGUACUGCCGCAACAUGACCAUGCAGCUAUCAAAUGCAAAUAUGUCUGGGCCGGGAAACUUGUGAUGCUGGCUUGGAAAUGGUGGACGCACUGCAAUACCCAGCCAAGCAUGACAAGUUCUUGAGCUGCUAUGUGUUGCGAGUUCUGCAUGGCAAACUGCGCUUUUCCAUGACAGGCAAGACGAGACUCCCAUCCUGCUCAUGCAUCACAGAGUUCGGAAUCAUGAGAGACAAGCAUGACAAACUUCCAUUCUUCCAGACCCAGAGAAAUUUGCAAUGCAUAGCAGCAUGUCGUCGACGAUAUCGCGAUGAAGGAGGCCGUCCGCAACGCCACCCGCGAGACCAUGAAGGCCCGCGCGGCCGGCACUACCGUGGAGCCGUACAAGGCGCCCAAGGAUGACCCGGAUGUGGCCAAGGAGACCACCGUAUCAAAUGCAAAAAUGGCUGGGCCUGGAACAGUGGAACUUGUGAUGCGUGUCUCGCAUUUCCUAAAAAAUCUGUGUUGCAUAAGCAGCAAAAGAAGAGCUUGCUUUGUCAUGCAAAAACGCAAUUUGUGAUGCGCGGUAGGCAUCAGCAGGCGCGUCCAAAACUUGUCAUGCCUGGCUGCCAUUGCAAGCGCCUCAAUCAUGCUCAAUUCAGCAUCACAAAUGUCCAGACCCAGACAUUUUUGCAGUGCAUACACCGCCGUGCGCACCAUUGCGUAUGAAGAGGCGGAGGCGAUGACCAAGACGUUGGAGAUGACGCAGGGGGGCAAAGAGAGCCCGCCUGCGGACGUGCUGGAGCCCGAGAAGUUCACCAUAUGGAUUGCAAAAAUGUCUGGGUCUGGAAGAAUGCAAACUUGUGAUGCGCAUUUCAAAACACAAAAAAAUCUCUCAUGCAUAGGCAGCAAAAGCUGCCCACGAUCUGUCACCAAAAUGGGGCAUUUGUCAUGCGUAUUCGGCAUUGCGGAAGCUUCUCGAAGCCUGUGAUGCAACAGCUUCCAUGCCAGACCUUCUGUGUCAUGCAAAAACAGCAUGACUCUUCCAGACCCCGACAUUUUUGCAUUUGAUACACCAUGACGAAGACCGAAUUCAAGAACGGCUGCAAGCCCGAUAUGAUCGACAACGACGGCAUGUCGCAGGACGAAGCGGUAUGAAAUGCAAAAGCAUCCGAUCUGCUAGUACAACAGUGGGAAAAUUGCAAUACAAGUUCGCGCAGCAUGACAAAUGGAAGUUGCCAUGCUGGUUUAAGUUGGGAAGGAAAUUUGUCUUGCAGGAUUGCGAUUCUACUACGUACGAGCAUUAUAACCGGAUGCUUUUGCACAGGAUAAGCGGAUGAGGAAUGCGACAUGGAGUGGGAAGAAAUGCAGAACGACAACCCCUAUCAAAUGCAAAAAUGUCUGGGUCUGGAAACUUGUGAUGCUGGGUGGCGUAUCAUGAGGAGGCCACAAGUGCUCGCUCAGCAUGACAAGUUUCUGAGCUUCUAGGUGUUGCCUAUUCUGCAUGACCAACUGCGUUUCUACAUGACAGAAAAACGGCGCUCUUGGGUAACGUGCAUGACAGAUUUGAGAGUCAUGCCAGACAAGCAUGACAAACAUGCACUCUUCCAGACCCAGACAUUUUUACAAUCCAUAACCCCGUCGCCGGCUCUGGCGGUGAAGAUGAGGUCGUCCCGAAGCGGUCCGUUACCAACAACGCGGCGGAGAAGGAGGUAUGCAUUGCAAAUAUGUCUCGGAGGUCUGGAAGAAUGCAACUUGUAAUUGCUAUUUUUGGAUUCUACGAAAAUCUGUGUUGCAUGAGCGGCAAGAGGAUAACUCCAGUUGUUGCUACACGAAGAAGAGUGCAUUUCUCAUGCGGGACAGGCAUCAAGAGCCAGUCAGAAAAUCUGUGAUGCUGGUGGCUCAUACAUCACAGACAUCACGAGUCAUGCAGCAUGUGCAUGACAAACUCCUGCACUCUUCCAAAUUCAGACAUAUUUGCACUGCAUAACAGGGUGAGAUCGACAACACGGCCAAGUGCGACACGGAUCAGGCCCAGGUCGAGCUUCCGGCCGCUAUGGCCGCGAACAGCAACGGUGCCGUAUCGCAAGAAAAAACUGUUUCACUGUAAACUUGUAAUGCAGAAACUGUAUCUCAGAAGUGUUUGUCUUGCUACACAUGCAAGACAGGCGAUUUUUAGCUGUGUUUUCCCUCGCCGGGAACCUCGCAUGACAAGUUUUCCCUGUCAUGUAGAGCAAACUUGUGUUGCAAAACUUGCAAAAUCCUUACAGUGAAACACUUUUUUCUGGCGAUAUGCCGCCCAGGAGAUGUACACCGGCGGCGCGAAGGACCUGCGUCAGCUGAUGCAGACCCACAUGCGGUCUUCCUACAAGUCCAAGUUCAGCAACAAGCGGAAGCGCGCACUGCAGGAGCGGUUGAAUGGCCUGAUCGAAGGCAGCGAGGAGGGUUUGGCCGCCAUCGCCUACGGCCCGCGGCGGUUCGGCAAGGUGUUGUUAUUGGACUCCGCGAUCGACGAGCGGUCCCGCCGUAUGUUGUUAAACAACCCGGGCGAGAAGCAAAUGAUCCGCCCGUCCGCGACCGGUUCCCACACGCUGACUUGCCCGGAACAAAAAUUGAUCACCGACGGUGCGCAGCUGCCCGCGCAGGCGACGUUUGACAACCUGGAGAACGGGAUUGAGACCGCCGCGGAAGGGGAUGCCAACGAAAUCAAGGCGCACGUGAAGCAACAGGAGCAGGCGCAGGCGGUCACGAACACGGAAUACAAUCCGACGGACGGCUUGGAUCAGGAAUCGGCUAUGACCGACGACGCGGCGAAGGACAAUUGGGAAUCGCCCUACGUUACCUCCACCGACAUGUACGACAACCGGGUCCGACGGUUGUUCGCCGACCGUGCCCACAAGCGUCAGCUCCCGCACGACGAUGGUGGUAUGCCGAUGGGCACUUCUCAGGGCAACAUGGGCGGAACCACCGGCCCGGGUCCGGCGACCUAUGACAACCAGUGGGCGACGACGUAUUCUCCGAUGAUGAACUCGUUUUCGGAAGCGACGACCGGCGCGCCGGCGGAAAAUUCGCCCUACACGACCAUGUCACCGACCAACAUGAUGAACACCUUCUUCGGCGGUUCUUUCACUUCGUCUUCCACUAUGACCCCCUGGUGGGCCACCACCGCACAGUAUCAAAUGCAAAUAUCGAUCUGUGUCUGGAAGAUUCUAAGGGUUUGUCAUGCAAGUUUUGCACGAGCCAUGAGCGAUCUGUGAUGCAUGCCCUAGCAUCACAGAUUUUUGAGGGCAGCUUCUUGAUGCCUAUUGCGCAUGACAAAUACCCGUAUUAGUACCGCGUAGCAAAAAUUGGAAAUGCAUUCCCUUUGCUGCUCAUACAAUAGAGGACUUGUGUGGAAUUCAAAUGCAGCAUCACAAGUUCUUGCAUUCUUUCAGACCCAAACAUGUUUGCAUUUGAUACGCAGCCGGGCGACACCACGCCGCCGAUGUACUACGAAACGAGCACCUACAUGCCGUCGACCUAUCCAAGAAAAAAACUGUGUAAGUGUAACUUUCUUGGAGGAACAGCAUCACAGAUUUUUUUUGCAUGACAAAGAAAACCUGUCAUGCGUAGCUGGUACGUGGGAACACGUAUUAAAAUAGCCUCUGAUAGUACACAUCCAGCAUGACAAGUGCAACUGUAUUGCAACAUCUGCAAGACAAAGUUACAUUUACACAUGUUUUUUCUUGCAUAGGACCCAACCCUACACGACGGUGGCGUUCAACAUGUAUGCGGACCAGCCGGCCACGACGGGCGCCCCCUUGCAGAUGGACAACGCCGCGCAAGCGACGGCCAACCAGAACAUGCCGUCGGUCUACACCGCUCCGCCGGCGACCUUGCCGCCCUUCGCAGCUACCAACAUGCCGGCUUACAACAAGACCGGCGGAAAGGUGACGCCGAAGGACUUCAAGACGGUGCCGAUUCCGGGGAACGAGACCAAGAAGAUGACGGUGUACUCCGGAAACAACGUGACCUUGUAUCAGAAUGAAAAUUUCCCCCCUCCCCAUAUCAAAACGAAGUUUCUGAUGCUGGAUUUGUGUACACAAAUCAGAUUUGUCUUGCUGGCGAGGACUGCAGGCCCAUAUCAAGCCUGAGUAGACAGAUUUUGGCCCAGGCGCUCAGCAUGACAGACGUCUACGCUGUAGGAGCAACAGCAUGACAGACCGCCUGUAGAAUGCGGCGGCUGUCUGUGGAGUUGCCUCCAUGCAACACAGAGACGAUUUGUGGCCACAAAUCAGCAACACAAAUUUUCGAAAACGUACUUUGUCAAUAUGGGGAGGGGGGAUUUUUCCUCGCGAUACCCUGAUUAACAUGUUCAACAACGGGUCCUACUACGGGGACCAGGAUAUCCCGUGUAAAAACGUCCCCACGAUCCCAAACGAGUUGUAAUGCAAACCUGCAUGCUCAGAAUAUUUCUCAUGCGGAGACCCGAUGCGAAGCAUUUGCUCGGUGUGUUUGAGAUUUGUCAUGCUUGAGUCAGCAUAAGACGCUCGAUCUGUGAUGCAGCUGGUGCACUAGCUAAAGCCGACUACUUUGCGGGGCAAAAUUUGUCAUGCGCAACAACCAAAGCUUGUCGAUUUGUCUAGCAGAGUUUCCACCUCAACUAGCGGGUGGGGGCGCUUUUACUUAGGAUACAGGGUGCCAACCCGUCUACCACCCCGGAGGAAAACGCGGCGCAGAACUUGGCCUACAAGGACCAGCAGGAGUCCAAGCCGAAGCAGACCGUGGACCCGGCGGCCAACGACGCGAUCAUGUCCCAGAUGGCCUACGACGGAGACUCCUACGUCCCGGCCAGCAUCGGGGACGGCUUUGACUGCAACAAGAUGCCCGCCACCCCGGUGUCCACCCAAGUGACCCACCCGGUCACCGGUGCAACGGAAACGACCCAGCUGGACAUGUCGGAAGACUGCAAGCACGGCAAGAAGAAGCAGCGCGAGGCGACCGACAUCGAGAAGGUCGUGAUCAAGAUUGCGGACAUCAAGGCCACGGAAGAAGCCAUGAACAUGCUCGGGCUGAAGACCUAUCGAAUGCAAAUAUGCCUGGGUCUGGAAGAUUGCGAGAUUUGUCAUGCUAGUCUGGCAUGACUCUGAACUCUGUAUUGCGUGGCCGCGAAGAGCUCCGCUUGCCUGUCAUGCAAAAACGCAGUUUCUCAUGCGGAGUACGCAACUCAGAACCACGGCAACACUUGUCAUGCUGGGCAGCGCAUUACAGUGUUUUCACUAUUCCCCUCCUUGCAUCACAAGUUUCCAGACCCAGACAUAUUUGCAUUUGAUAAGACCCGGCGCCGCAUGCAGCAGCGCCCCGACAUCCACGUGCCGACCUACGUAUCCUGUGCAAAAGUCUCGUACUCGUAGUAAUUGCAGUCAUGCAUUACAAAUUUUUUUCCUAAGGUAAAUCCGCAUGACAAAUUUUAUUUCUCAUGCUGAGGGAAUUUGUAAUGCAUUUAUACGAGUACGAUACUUUUGCAAUGCAUACUACGUCCGCCACCUGACCGGCAUCCCGCAGACCUUAUCCUGAGGAAAAAGUGUUACAGUUACACACAUAGUCUUUGCAGGCCAAGCAAGACAGAUAAGCUCUGUCAUGCCGGAUAUGCAUAGGAGCCUCCUUUCAUAGGUGUUUUCCCGUAGGAUUUCUGCAUUGCAAGUUUUCUCUCUCAUGCAGAGAAAUUUGUGUUGCUGAAUUGACAUACAAAUGCGUAACUGUAACACUUUUUUCGUGGGAUAGACCUGGGUGGUCGAGGACUACCGGCGCAGCCUGAUUAUCCAAGAAAAAAACGUUGUUAGUGUAAAUUUGUGAUGCGCAACAUGCAAAAUGAUUGCGUCUGUCAUGCUUGGCAUGCAUUGUAGGGCCUUGUGCAGGGCGUUUUCGCAUACUAUCUGCGCAUGACAGGUUUUUGCUGUCAUGCCAGACAGAUUUGUGAUGCUGUUCCUUCAAAAGAGUUACACCUACAACGUUUUUUUCUUGGAUACUGAUGGCCGAGGCCGAGAAGUCCGGCAACCGGCGUUUGUUGGAAGAGCGGAUAUGCAUUGCAAAAGUAUCGUACUAGUAGAAAUUGCAAUAGAAAUUUCCUCAGCAUGAAAGAAAAAAAUUGUAAUGCAUAAUGCAGAUUUGCCUUGGGAACAAGAUUUGUAAUGCAAGAAUUGCAUUUUUUAUACGAGUACGAUACUUUUGCAUUGCAUAGCGGAAAUUGAUGUACGAAUCGGACGUGAUUGACAUGAUGACCGGCGACAACCGCAACGGUAUGAAAGUGCACAACUCCCCCUCCCCCUCAUUUGUCAUGCAAAAUCCACAAUCCCCGCCUUGCCUCUUCGCACUGUUUGCAUGACAAAUUCUGGCCGCCCAAAUAGCUGCACUACAAUCCUGUGCAACAAAUUUGUCAUGCAAAGCCUGCACUCUAGCUGGCGCUUGUAUUGCUGUUCAUGCCCUACAAAUGAGAAGAAGGGGGGCUGUGCACUUUCAUAAACGGCACCUUCGACCCCGACCUCAACGCUGCGCCCAAGAUGGGCGCGGGCGUGCAGUCCACCUCUCCGAUUAACAUGCCGACGGCUGCGGAGGCUAAGUACAAAGAGACCAUGGAUGACAUCUCCGCGAUGGUUAUCUAGUGCAAAUAUGUCUGGGUCUGGAAGGCUCCAAUUUGUGAUGCUGUUUGUGAAUUCUAAAAAAAAUCUGUAUUGCAUGACCAGCAAGAGGAGUCCAGUCUGUGCUACGUGAAGAGGGCAUUUCUCAUGCGGAAUAAGCAUCGGGAAGCUCUUUGAAAAUCUAAAUCUGUGAUGCUUGGGCAUGCAUCACAGACAGUCGCGGGUCAUGCAAAAUAUGCAUGACAAACUACCUGGCCGUCUUCAGACCCAGACAUAUUUGCAAUGCAUAAUGGUCACUUCCCUGCAGGGCCAGAUGGACCCGAUGUUCGUGCACGAAGUGAAGCAGGUAUGAGAGUGCACACCUCCCCCUCGUCCCCCUCAUUUGUCAUGCUAAAUUCCAAAUCCACCCUUCGCCUGUUAGUGCACUGCUUGCAUGAGAGAUUCCGGAAGUACUAGCCAAAACAGCACUACAAUCCCCUGGGAGUUUGUCAUGCAAAAGCUGCAAUUUUGCCCCAGCGGUUGUGUUGCUGUUCAUGCAACACAAAUGAGGGGGGAGGGGGAGUUGUGCACUUUCAUAGCAGGCUAUGGAGAGAAAAAAGUUUGUCACAGUCACUAACUUGCAGGUUUUGCAUUACAAAUUUUCUCAGCAUCACAAACUUUCCUUGUAUUGCAGAAACACUAGGGAAAUCCCUAAUGAAGUUUGGCUGUGAUGCAUUUUUACGCAUGACAAACAGUUUUGUAUUGCAAGAAUGCGCAUGAGUGAUCGUGACGAACUUUUUUUCUUUGAUACAGGCCAUCAAGAUGGCCCGCGAGCGCGCGUACGACAUCUACAUGCGCAUGCGUGUAUCAACUGCAGGAUGUCUCGGUCUGGAACAUUGCAAGGUUUGUCAUGCUAGUCUGGCACGACUCUGAACUCUGUAUUGCGUAGCCGCGAAGUAGAGCUCCUGUUGCCUGUCAUGCCAAAUAAAUGGAGUUUGUCAUGCGGAAUACGCAACUCAGAACAACGGAAAAGCUUGUCAUGCUUGCCAAUGCAUAAUUACAGUGUGCUCACUGUUUUCUUCCUUGCAUCACAAGUCUACAGACGAAGACAUAUUUGCAAUGCAUAACGUGCGGACCCGAAGUACAUGCAGAUGCUGGUCAACAUUGUCAUGGACCAGAAGGUAUGAAGCGCAAAUAUGUCUGGGUCUGGAGAGACGCAACGAAUUUGUGUUGCUGAGUCUUGCAUGGCGGAGCGAUGUUCUGUACGGCAUCCGCGCAUCACAAGUUUUUUACUUGGUUUUGCGAGUUCUAUUGUGUUCUGUUGCAUGACAAACUAGUAGCGCCCAGUAGGACAAAAGGUCAGAACCAUCGCAUUCAUGCAUUACAGAUCUCGCUGUCCUUCUAAUUUCGCAUCACAAAUCCAGACCGAGACAUGUUUGCAAUGCAUAGAAGGAGAAGCUGGAGUUCAUGCGCCUGGUGAAGCAUUUGUUCGAGCAGUCCUCGCCCUCGGAGCCCGACUGGUACACCGAGCAAUACGAUGGCGACAAGUGCUUGUGGAUGGGCCCGCGGGAACUUGGGUGCGCCGAUCUCCGCUCCCUGUCCUACAACCACACCUCUGAACCCAUGUAUGACAGCAACAACCCUGACAUGUCCGACACCAGCGGCUAUGCAUCGCAAAUAUGUCUGGGUCUGGAUUUGUGAUGCGAGACAUCAAAGACAACAAGAUCUGUAGUGCAUGAACAGGAUUAUCUUGUCAUGCUGUUAUGCCGUACAAGAAGCCAGUCGGCAAUGCAAGUAUCAGCAACACAAGUUUCCAGACAUCCAGACACAUUUGCGUUGCAUAGCGGCGCUCCGGUCGAGCCCGCGGUCAUCAUGUCCCGGGACCGCCCGCACAUGAAGUGCCAGGAUUUGGCCGACAAGAUCCGCUAUGAACUGCAAAAGUAUCGUACUAGUACAAAUCGCAUUACAAAUUUCCUUAGCAUGACAAAUUGAAUUUGUCAUGCUGUUUUAGCAUAGGAAGGCGAUUUGUCAUGCAUAGUUGCGAUUACUACGAGUACGAUACUUUUGCACGUGAUAUCCGCCGCGAGUCCGGCGGCGACGGGAACAACCCGAUGGCCAUGCCCAUGCUGGAAGCCAUUUCCCAGGUGCUGCAGCGCUCGCUGGACUACGACGCGCCCAGCACCUUCCGGGACGCCACCUACUCCAACGGCUUAUCCUUUGCAAAAACGUCCCCACGACCCCAUAGUCAAGUUGGUAAAUCUGCAAUACAAAUCUCCAAGUUUUGGGAGUUGUGCAUGACAAGCUUCCAACAUCUGCAGUGUAGUGCUGGUUUUCAAUAAGGGAAGCCGCAUGAGAAAGCCAUUUGCUCAUCCUAUUUAUAGCAUUACAAAUGCCAAAUCGCGACUGGCAACUUUGCCUCUCGUGGAGCUGCGCAUGACAAAUCGAUUCCUGUCAUUGCGCAUUUGCAUGACAACUCUGGGGUCGUGGGGAAAUUUUUGCCGAGGAUACGGCUGGCCGGGAACCUACACGAUGCCGACGGACACGGCGAUCACCAACAUGUGCGAGGCCAUUUACGAGGACAACAACGGCUGGGGUGCGAUGCAGAUCAUGGACUACCAGGGCAACUACAAGAUGCACUACAAGCCCAUCAAGGACAUCCUCGCCUGCCCCGGCACCGCGGCGGCCAACUGGGACGGGAACUCCAACCGGGCCGGCGGCUACAUGCGCUGCUACGAAGCCAAGGUGAACUUCAAGUUGGCGUGCGAGAUAUCCUGUGAAAAAGCAUCGUACUCGUAGGAAUUGCAGUCAUGCAAGACAAAUUUCUUUUCCAAGCUAAAUCAGCAUGACAAAUUCCAUUUGUCAUGCUGACCCAAUUUGUAUUGCAUUUAUUACUACGAGUACGAUACUUUUGCAGUUCAUACGAGACCGUUCUGAAGGACCUGAAGAACGCCGUGCAGAAGAAGUCCGACAACACCUACACGGAUUACGAGGAUCCGCUGACCGGAUACAACUGGCGGUUAUCGUGUGCAAAAGUAUCUGAUACUCGUAUUGCAAUCCUGCAUUGGAAAGAUUUUUCUUAAUGUAAAUCCGCAUUACAAAUUCUAUUUUUCAUAUUUUUCAUGUUGAGGGAAUUUGUCAUGCGAUUUAUACUAGUAAACGAUAUUUUUGCACUCUAUAGCGUUACCCGGGGUACGAGAUGUUCCAGAUGGCUCAGGCGAUCUUGGUCGAGAUCGACAUGAACCUGCCCGACCCGUUAUCGUAAGGAAAAAUCCCCCCUCCCCAUAUCGAGAAGGAAUUUUGUGAUGCUGAUUUGUGACCGCAAAUCAGCUUUGCCGUGCGUACAAGGCAAACGGCACCUUUGUGGCGCAUUGUACAGCGAGUCUGUCAUGCGUUUUUGCCUAUGUCAGACUUGUUUCUCAUGCUCAGCUGCUAGCGGGAUGCGUACCCAAAUGGGCUUAGAAUAUGCACCCGACAAGCUCUUGCUGCAAUACAGAGCUCAUUUGUGUAGUACACAAAUCCAGCAACACAAAUUGCCUUUCGAAAUGGCGCGGGUGAUUUUUUAUUUUGAUACGCCUACUACAUGUACAUGGACAACGGCAGCGGCGCGAUGGCCCAGAUGAAGUCCCAAUCCACCCGCCUGUCCCGCUGCGCCAUGCGCGGCAUCCGCGAGACCAUCCCGGAGAAGAAGGUGCAGGAGAUGCUGGCGCGCAUGAAAUAUCACCUGUAAAAACGUCCGCACCCCAGAGUUGUAAUGCAAAUCUGCAUGCUGACAAUGUUUCUCAUGCGGAGACCUAUGAAAAGCAGUUUUAAUUGAUGUUGUGAGAUUUGUGAUGCUCAAAUCCGCAUGGUAUGCUAGAUCUGUCAUGCAGUGCUGCACUAGGUAAACACGACUAAAUUGCGAGCCCAAAUUUGUGAUGCGCAGCAGCCAAAGCCUGGCGAUUUGUCUAGCAGAUUUCCCAACUCUGGGGUGGGGACGUUUUUGCUCACCAUAUGAAGCGCGGCGAGCUUAUCGCCGAGGAAGUCGCCAAGCGCAUGAUCGAGCCGGCGCUGGAGAAGUACCCGAACGCGACGUCGAAUUAUGAAAUGCAAAUAUGUCUGGGUCUGGAAACUUGUGUUGCUGGGCGGCGUAUCAUAAGGAGGCCACAAGUGCUGGCUCAGCAUGACAAAUUUCUGAGUUUCUAGGUGUUGUCUAUUUUUCUGCAUGACAAACUGCUUUUCUGCAUGUUGAGAGAAAAAUGGCGCUCUUGGGUAACGUGCAUGACAGAUUUCAGAGUCAUGCCAGACAAGCAUGACAAACAUGCAUUCUUCCAGAUCCAGACAUAUUUUCACUUGAUACGACUGUGAAGGAGGCCAUGUCCUUCGUGAGCAACAACAUCACCUCGCUCUGCAUAUGACAGUGCACAACUCCCCCUCGUUCUCAUUUCUUAUGCAAAAUCUCAACUCCAGUUGCUACCUUGUGGCACCGCGUGCAUGACAAAUUCCGGAAAUCCAAACAGUACUACAAGAGACACACAAACUCGUCAUGCACAGGGUCCACACGUACUGGUGCUUGCAAUGCUGUUGAUGCCAUACAAAUGAGGGGGAGGGGGAGUUGUGCACUUUCAUACUGCAAGCGGUUCUGCAUGAAGCACAAGCAGUGGCAGGACACGUCUAUGACGCUGCAAACCGGAGCUGCGGGCAAGUUCGACGAGCCUGUGUUCACCGACGCCGAGUUAUCACAAGAAAAAACUGUUUCACUGUAAACUUGUAAUGCAGAAAAUGUAUCUGAGAAGUAUUUGUCUUGGUACACAUGCAAGACAAGGGAUUUUUAGCUGUGUUUUCCCUUAGGAAUCUCGCAUGGCAAAUUUUCUCUGUGAUGUAGAACAAACUUGUAGUGAUGCAAAACGUGCAAAAUCCUUACAGUGAAGCACUUUUUUCGUGCGAUAGGAGUUCCCCGGUGCUACCGACCCGGCCGAGCCGGAGUGCAAGCCCGACAACCAGUGUGUGUUGUACAACGAAUUGGGCUCGCCGAUUGAGAAAAAGCAGGUCCAGGACCAGUACGCCAACAUCGCCCGCAUCCGCCAGCGCCGCCAGCGUCGUGCGCUGAUCGAGAAGCGCCGUCGGCUGCAGGAAGUGGGGGAGCAGCAGAAGGACUGCAUGAAGAUCAACGGCAAGGAGUACUGCACGUUGGAGGGCGGUGUGUCUGAGCAGGAGAAGGAACUCCGCCAGCUGGAGGACUACUGGGAAGAGCGCGGCAUCGACUACCUGCUGCCCGCCCGCGACCCGAUGCACCGGGGUUACGUCAAGAAGACCAAGGGCAAGGCCGCGAUCCAUGCGCGCCGCCAGGCCCGCCGCUCUCGCCGCCAGCUGCGCCAGCGGCGCUAAGCGGUUCUUCGUCGGGUGAAACAGUGGUUGCAGUACUCACGUGGGUGGAAAAAAGGCUGCAAGACGACCACAUGAAAUGACUUUUUCAACCACAAUCACAAUGUUAAAAUGUGUAAAAGAAAACGAAAAGAACAUACAAAAUGUGUAAUAGAAAAGAACAUCACAAAAACUUUUUCAAAACCACACCAAAAAUAAAAGCAGGUGUCCAAGGCGCAUUGAAUAAAAACAACAGUUGUAGAAACCAAAUUAAUCUACGAGGAGUCCUUGAUUAUGAUUUUAAUUCACGUUUCGCACUGCGACUGCUAAUUAUUUCUUUAUAAGCACGCAGAUAUUAACGCCGGCUACACCAGAAUUCUCGUGUUGCGAAGCAGAACAGUGUCGACCACCAUUUCUGGUCAACCAGGUCUGCUGAGAGCACUACACUGGGUGGUCUUUCGUGUAGCGGUUAUUCCAUCUUGCGUGUCAACUUUUUUCUUUUGCAAGCGGUACUUAACUGUGCUAGCUUUUAGUACUUUUAUCAAGACAUAAUGGAACUCGAACUGUUAACAGAUUUAAAAAAUACAAUUACUUCACAUCGAGUUAAUAUCGCACUACAGAUGAGUGGCUAUUGAACAGUGUCUCCAGAAUUUUCCGGUGAAGCAUUCUACCCGAGACCACGUAAGUGCGCCCUCGAGUUCUUUUUGCUGACCCAGAUUUUCGAAUAAAUCGAUCUAAAUAUAUGAGUGUCACCAAAUAAAUACCGGAGACGAAAGAUGGGAUAUGGUAAUAAAGGCUGGGUGUAGCGCUUGGUCGUAGCGCUCCUUGGUCGGCUGGGAUCCUAUGGUAUGGGAAGGCUGGGUGUAGCGCUGCUUGGUCGUAGUGCUCCAGCUUCCGCCAUGUGGGACCCCGUGGGCAGAAGUAUCCACACUCGCGCCGCGCCCAUUUCUAGCUAGGGACUCACGUAGUCGCUUCCUUCUUCAUUUUCAAAAAACCCUUCACAGGAUGUGCUUACACAUUUAUGUUCAGUUCGCUAUGCUACAGUGCUUAUUUUCAAACUUCCCUUUGGGAUUUUAGUUUUCAAGAUAUGGUAAUAAACCGCUUUCCAUGAGACAACAAGAAGCACGAAAUAUACUUACAACACAAAAACUGUCAUCCUCAUCUCUGUUUCACAAAUGAUUUCUUCUUCGUUACAGCAAUAGUAUCAAUCUAGACCGCACUGCAACCUAAGUCGACUAGUAUUUCGAACCUUUCACUACAAGGAGAACGCCCGCUCUUUGUCCUGCCUCAGGAAUAGAUUUACCUCGGAAGAAAUAAACAGCAUUUGAGAUGGAAACCUGGCACUGUGAUGAAUUUAUUUCACCAACACAAAUUCCUACUGGAGUCACGUGAUCUUCGCUAUAGUUUUUCAACCAAUACGCUUGACCGUAUUUUGUUGUCACGACCAUAGGACAAAGUAGGUUUCACAUCAAAGGUCGCUACAGCUCAAAGGGCACAUGCUUGGAGUUCUUUGAAUUCCUUGCACCAGAGCUGUAGCUCGACUUCUCAUACAACAAGAACGACCUGAUAUGCCUAUAUAAGAGAUGCGCAUUUCUAUUCGAACACAUAAUCGUAAGAACUCAUCUCACCAUAGUACUUCUCCUUCUGUGUGUAGCGGCUUGCCACGCACUGAUUAAACUGUUGUAUUCAGCACUUAGUUUAACUUUCGAAAUUUUUCACGGGUCAGUGACCAGGGAGAACUUUCUUGAUACAAGUAUUACCAAAUACAAUAGGCCGACUUUUUUUUUGCAUGCGUUUCCGCACCACUUCGUCCGUAAACAAAGCCACUGUUAAUAUUAGGCAAACUAGGAGAUCAAGUGCUUAUCAAAUUCCGAGGCAGGUAUUAAAGAAGUAGGGCUAGUUUUCUAUGCGAAUAUCUACAAUUUUGUCUUAGGCUGGGCCCAAACAGAUGUCUUAGGCGCCGGGUCUAGCCUGGGUCAAGAACUCCAACAUGAUCGGCACUUUUUUUUCGUAAUUACGUACUAGGAUCGUAUUAUAUCAGCACGGCAAAUCGAAGACUAGAUAGAGUCCCGGGUGGGUAUUAAUUACAACGACUAAGGCAGUGAAACAACUACAUAAUCUUCACACGAAAAGCAGUAAACUACACGAACUUUCAGGGGCGAAUAAGAAACAGCUACGUUCUUUACUGAAUCCUUAGAAGCAGACUGCAAUUUUACGAGCAUUGUCUCUGAUCUGAUCAGUCUGCGCGUUCUCUUUCCGAUGAAAAAUAUAAGCCC